AUGGACUCAGAUGAGGAAUCUUCCUGCGCGGUAUCCGCUCCGGUUGGGAAGAAGCGUAUUCCGAAAGCGUGUACCUCUUGUCGACAGUCGAAACUGAAAUGUGAUGGUAAACGACCGUGUACAAGAUGUAAACGGGCAAGGAAACAGUGUGUAUUCUUUGAGAUUCCGAAGGAUCCUGCUGUUUUACGCCUGGAGAACGUUGAAGCAGAAGUACAGCGUCUACGGGAGCAAUUGAGCAAUGUGAAUGAGCUACUACUCCGUCAAUCUGCACAGCAGCAACAGCAAAUUGCUGUCACGUCUCCGGCUUCAGCUCAUGUCAUGUCUGAUCCUGGGACAAUGCCGACGUUUCUCGCUACAGAUGGUAUGGGUGGGUAUCAUCAUCAUCAUCACCAUUGGCGAGGGUUUCCGACUCCUGGAAUGGAGGCUGCUCGGCCUACCCGGUCGCGACGUUCAGGGUUCGAUAUCAGGGAAGAGCCAAUAUUGGAUUUCAUCAGUAGGGGGAUGAUGACGGCUGAUCAGGCUAUGUCGUGCUUUAGGACGUUCUUCCAGGGCUGUGAUAGGUAUAUCCCGGUCUUCGAUCCAGAUAUUGACACCUUCAACUCUGUGCGCACACGGAGUAGCAUUUUGCUGAAUGCUAUUUGCACGAUUGGCAGUCGGGUUGAGAUCAGGUCCGGAUCUCAGAUCCCUGAUCUAUUACAUGCUGAACUCAAAAGAUCGAUAAAUGUGGUCAUUCAAAACAAAAACCUCAAUUGUUUGGAAUCGGUGCAAGCAUUGCUCAUUGUAGCCUGCUACUCCGCCGAACGGUCCUUGAUCCUAUCGUUUGCAACUAGAAUGGCCUUGGACCUGGGCCUGGAUGAAGCAUUCGAGGAACUGAUACAGAGACUGACGAUGAAGGAGACCGAAGGGAUUCAUGAUAUGUCUCGUGUGGUGGUAGAUGACGAAGAGCGCGCUUUGAUGCGUAAAUCUAGGACGUGGUACAUGCGCCUGCUAAGAAGGAAUAAACAGAUUCCACGUCGACGGUGGGAAGCCUCCUGGUAUCCGAGUGACAGGGAAUGCACAUCGAUGUCGCAUUUUGCUUCGUCAUCGUACGUCUACUGUCUUGGAUUUGCGGCUGUUUUCUCAGGUGGAGCAAGAGUCAACGAUACUCUAGACGCCAAAGAAACGCUCCAAAGAUCGGAUAUCACAGAGUUUGUACACGAAGCCAAGGUAGAUCUCGAUCUCUGGUUUGAAAAACUCCCCCGCAGCCACCCAAGAACGCCCCUUUCUCCUGGCGGCGCUACGAGUCCAAAAAUGCUGGGCCGAGUUAAUCCUGCACUGCAAAGCGCUCCGUUCCAUGGGCCAUAUGCAUCCAGAGAAAUGUCCCCAAUCGAACAAACCAUCCUCCUAACCGCCAAAUCCAGCGCCCGAAAACACCUCCGCCUAAUCAGCCUCGAACCCGACUUCUACCUCGCCAAACUCAAAUACGCCAUGGACUUCGUCUGGGCCAAAUGCGCUUUUUGCUUCCUCUUACUCCUGAAACUAUCACGUCUCCUUCCAGAACGGAAAGAAGAACACACGGAACUUCUAGAUCAUGGAAAUAGACUCCUGGAUGAGCUAACCAGGACUAACGGGGAAUCGGCCACAACAGCAGCAGCAGCAGCGACGACAACAACAACAGGGAUAGGAAAUAACAAUAAUAUCUACAUGCAGAUAUUACGAUUGAGUAUUGAAAAAUAUAGUCGUGUGUUGCAGGAAAGGGAGGUGAAUGAUGUCCCGAUUGGGGAAACAGGAGUAGGCGGCGGAAAUGUGGGAGGAGAUACUAAUCAACCGGGCACUAAUGCGAUGACGCCAUUUUGGGAAUUAUUUGAUGCGCAGGCCGAUCUGCAGAGUUUUGUGCCGGAGCAGUUUGUUAGGGAGUGGGAUUUUCCGGGCCUGGAUCUGUUUUAUUUUCCGACUGCGUGGCAGGAUUUCUUUGGGGAUUUUUCGUUGGCGGUCUAA